UUAUUGGUUUUUGUAGGUCAAGCAAGUAAAAUUUGAAGUUUAACAUUUAUUUUAACAGAAUCAUUUGAACGAGCUUGAACGCAGCUUAAGGGUUGCUAGUUGCUAUGUAACAGAAUGUAAACAACAGAGGUAAGAGGUUAGCAGGUAAAGUAAAGUAAAGUGUGCCUCCAACGCCCACUGACAGCAGGAUGGACGAUCAUUGUGGUAAAGUUAAGGCCAUUUUGAUGGAUGAGGAGAUUCUGCAGAAGGCAGUAGAGGAGCAAGUCACUCAAGAUCAGAGUGGGCGCCUUGCUGUGGCAGAUGGAAUCCACUUUCAUGAAAUCCUUAAACUUCGUCUGGACUACAGAAAUAUCCUGAUGAUUGACCACUUAUGGGAAUUCACGUCCUUGGCCAGGCUUGAUAUGAACAACAAUCUCAUAGAGAAGAUUGAGGGCCUGGAGCGUCUGGGCAAUCUGAAGUGGCUUAAUCUGUCAUUCAACAGAAUAGAGAAAAUUGAGGGUCUGGAGUCUCUGCGGAAGCUUGAAGUGCUGAAUUUGUCCAACAACAGAAUCUCUGUCAUUGAAAAAAUGGACGGGCUUGAGAAACUCACUCAUUUCUGCAUUGCAAACAACCUCCUUGGACAGUUGGACAACGUGCUCUAUCUCAGGAAGUUUAAGAACCUGUUCACCCUCAACCUAUUUGGAAAUCCUGUGUCUAAGGAAAACGAUUACAAAAUUUUCAUCGCAGGAUACUUUCCGACAUUGAUGUGCCUGGACUACAGAUUACUUGACCAGAAAACAAAAAAUGAAGCAUCUAUCAAAUACCACUAUGUCCUUGAGGAGAUGAGACAUGAGGAGCUGCAGAUGCAACAAGAUGAUCAAGCUGAGCAAAGCCAGAAAGCUGGACUCAAAUUACACACAGAUGCCUUUGUGGAGUUCCUGAAUGGGCCUUGUCUGUUUAAGAGCAUGUUCAAAGAUGAUCCAGAGGCAGAUAAAUUACACCUGGUUCCUGGGGUGGCUCAUUUGCUUCAAACAUUUGAGCACCAAACGGUGGAGCUGUGCACGCAGUUAUUUGAAAUAGGCUUGGCUGAACAUAAGCGAAGAGAGACAGAGGUGAACUCCUUCUUCAUAGGUCAGACUCAAGCUGUGACAGACUACCAGCAGAAAGCAUUGCAAACGUUGGCAAAUUUUGAGCAGCAACACAAUACGAGGAUGAGGGAGUUGCAGCAGUUAUCAGACCCAGACCUACUGAAGGUCAAGAUCAACCACUGUAAUGAUGAAAUCAACCAACUCUGUAACAGCCUCAUGACACUGGAGUUUCAGCUGGUCAGCCUGCUGGAGGAUAUCCUCGAGAAGUUUGACAUCACAAUCUCGGACAUGGUCGGCAACUUCAGUGAAACUGUUCAAGGAAUAUUUACCCAAUGUCGAGAUCUGGAGGACAAGUAUCACGAGAAGGUGUGUGCGAUUGCUGAAGCCACUCUGGAGAAAGUAGCCAAGGAGAGCCUGGAGGAGGACAUGCCAGAUGAUAUUAAAAUGCUGUUUACCGACAGAGACACAGUGAUGUCUGCACUGACCACCGGUCACGAUAACCACCUGCUGCAGAUCAAUGGCCGAGAGACUCAGCUUGUUACACGUGUCAAUGCCUGGAAAGUGGCCCUCAUUAAAGGGAUUCACGACAAAGAACUUAAGCAGAACCGCAUGCGCAUCUCAGACAUCCACAGAUAUGUGGACCAUUUGAGGGAGCAGCUGGAGGAGUUGCAGUAGCUUCAGCAGUAAAACAUUUCCCCACAAACAUUUGUUUAUGUAAUGGAACAGGACAUUUUCACAACCUGAAUGUACAACUGUAACCAAUUUCACUGUUGUUUUAUCAUUUCUGUAUUUGUUAUAAAACAUAACGCAAUAAAAUAUUUAAGAAAUAA